AUGCUGCUAAUUAACUUCAUCUCAUUCAUCCCACUCUACCAAGACUCACCUGGGUACCCACUCUACCAACACUCACCUGUCUUUCCUGGGUACCCACUCUACCAAGACUCACCAGGGUACCCACUCUACCUAGACUCGCCUGUUUUUCCUGGGUACCCACUCUACCAAGACUCACCAGGGUACCCACUCUACCUAGACUCGCCUGUUUUUCCUGGGUACCCACUCUACCAAGACUCACCAGGGUACCCACUCUACCAAGACUCACCUGGGUACCCACUCUACCAAGACUCAUCUGGGUACCCACUCUACCAAGACUCACCUGGGUACCCACUCUACCAAGACUCACCUGGGUACCCACUCUACCAAGACUCACCUGGGUACCCACUCUUCCAAGACUCACCAGGGUACCCACUCUACCUAGACUCGCCUGUUUUUCCUGGGUACCCACUCUACCAAGACUCACCUGGGUACCCACUCUACCAAGAAGCACCAGGGUACCCACUCUACAAGACUCACCUGUCUUUCCUGGGUACCCACUCUACCAAGACUCACCAGGGUACCCACUCUACCAAGACUCAUGUCUUUCCUGGGUACCCAUUCUACCAAGAAUCACCAGGGUACCCACUCUACCAAGACUCACCAGGGUACCCACUCUACCUAGACUCACCUGUCUUUCCUGGGUACCCAUUCUACCAAGACUCAUCUGUCUUUCCUGGGUACCCACUCUACCAAGACUCACCAGGGUACCCACUCUACCUAGACUCACCUGUCUUUCCUGGGUACCCAUUCUACCAAGACUCAUGUCUUUCCUGGGUACCCACUCUACCAAGACUCACCAGGGUAACCACUCUACCUAGACUCACCUGGGUACCCACUCUACCAAGACUCACCUGUCUUUCCUGGGUACCCACUCUACCAAGACUCACCAGGGUACCCACUCUACCAAGACUCACCAGGGUACCCACUCUACCAAGACUCUGUGAGAGCUCACUAUCAACAAGCCAGUCUGAUCUGCUCACGAUCUGUAUGUAA